GCCGGAUAUUUGGUUUUAGCUUAAGACUUGUGACUCUUGUACUAUGAACAGCGCAGAAACAGCCACAUGCUGUGGGUGUGUUGACAGAUCAUCGGGGACCGGGCGUACUGUACGGUUGUAUUGGUCAUGUCAGCCAUGAGGAAGAUGUCCACAGACGGCCAGCAGCACCGGGAGAUGGCGGAGAAAUCAAGCCGGCACAGCAGAAUUGUGCGUGGUUUCUCCAGAGAUGCUGCAAGUCUGAAGGGAUCUCUGCAAACAUGUGAGGAAAAUUUCCCAACAGCUCUACCCAUGCUGUUAGAUGUGGUCAGGGGUCCUGAGCGUCUUCCUGCAGACGAGGAGUCACAGGAAAUGCUGAGAGGAAAACUGCGCAUUCUGCAAGCCCACAGCACUGAGGUCAACGCUCUAUUCAUGGAAUUGUCCACUCAUCUGAUCUCCAUCAAUAGUGAAGAAAAAGUUAUUUUUGUGACAUUCAAAUCAUUUGAGGAAAUAUGGAAGUUCACCACUUAUUACACAAUAGGUUUUCUGGGUCAGUGUAUGGAGAAUCUGCUGUUUGACCAGAAGUUUUGGCUCAGUUCUUUGGGUGAAGACAUUGCUAUUGAGGUUUCCAUUCAAGAGGACACUCUUAACCUUAUCUACAAAGGCAUCCUCAUGCAGGAAGGUUCAUUGUUUGCUAGUUGUAGUACAAACCAGAUGUUUGACAGCUCCACCUCUGGAGGUGAUCUGUACCUGGAGCAGGGAGAUAUAGCCCAUUUUGAGCCUCCCUUCCUGGGCUCAGGGUGGACUGUCCUCUGCCUGGCUGAUGGAGCCCGAGGCACUGCACCUAAACCUACUCUCGAGCCGGUCAUCCCUUUUCAUCAAUGGUUUCUUAAAUCUGGUGCAGAGAGCAUUUUAGUUGGUGAUGGGAAACCUGCCUGUGACUUUCCUCUGCAGUUUGCCAGAGGAACCUGUCUGGCCACAAUGGCAUAUGAUGCUGAGGGACCGGAUGAGUUGAGCGUGGCACCAGCUGACCGUAUUAUCAUUGUGGGACUUCUGGUGUCUUGUCUUGAUUGGUUCACAGGGAGGAAAGAGUCGACAGGAGAAGUAGGCCUGGUUAAGACAAGCAUGGUAAAACCGUCCACUGACACUUACAGCUUGGAAGAUAUUUUUUUGGAUGGAAAGGAAAGGACACUCUUCAAUCUGCGAGAGGACAAAGUCAUUGAGGAAACAAUUGCCUUAUUGAAGAAGAACUCUCAAAAUGAUACUGGUCAUAACUACAAACUGGAUACAGUCAGUUAUGAAGAGACAUCAUUCAGCUCUUCCAAAAAAGUUGAUAUUCAGCAGUCUGACCUGAAGAGAGGCAUUCAGAGGAUUCUUGAUCAAAGAAAAGACUCACAUUUAGAUUCUGUUGUGACCAUGAAUGUGACACAGGACUCAGGACUGGCUACAGAAGCCAAAAACCCAAGCCCUCCCUGUUUCACAGUUUAUCCAGUUGUAGAAGGAAACAGCAACACUGAGAACUUCAUUCCCCUCUUUGGUUUUUUGGAGGGACAAAGCUACAAAGAAGAGUUUGGUGUACUGUAUGGACUGAGUUCUGAAGUUCUUGCCUCCUCCACCUUCACUGGUCAUGCUGAUGAGGGUGAGCUGAUUGCCUUCCUGGGUGUUGCUAGGGAAACAGCCAGGAAGAAGCGACUCCACUGGUCACAGAGUCGAUUGUGCUUUCUUUUGGGUAAGCUCUGUGCUGGGAGGUCAAAAUUCAGCCAGGCACGGGUUUACUUCGAGGAAGCCCUCAGUGUGCCACAAGAAUGUUUCACAGACCUCAGGCUGUUGGCCAGCAUCUACUCCAACCUGGCUGCCAUAUAUCUUUUACAGAAGAAUACUGAGAAUUUCUUUGCUAUGACAGAGCGAUUUGUUGCCUUGCUAUUAGGACUCCCAGAAUGCAUUGACAGCUUAAAGGAUAACUCUGCUCUUAAAUACAUCCUUAAGAAAGCUAUUCUCUCUCACAACAAAAUGGCAGAGGCCCAGGCUUGUCACCUAUUGGCAAAGCACCACUUGACUCAUGCUGAGGGGGUUCAAGCUGUUCCUUAUCUUGAGAGACUGCUUGUUCUUUGUGCAGAAGCUCAAAGAACAUGGACCAUCUCACGAGGUCAUGGAUACCUGACCUUGGGUGGGCUCUACAGUGAACUGCAACUUCCCCACCUCAGUAUCAGUUCAGCCAGGAAAGCUUCUCUGCAACCCUCUACUACACUAUCUGUCUGCCUUAGCAGCAUGGCUUUAGUUUUGGACAGUGUCAAGAGACUGUAUGGGAUUACAGAACAAUUCUCCAUCCCACCUCAAGUGGCUCCAUAUUUACACCAAGCCCUCUUUUUAACCAAAGUCCAAAAAGAACACAACCAAUACCAUGCCCUGAGCCAUCACCUUACUCUUUGUCUCUGCCAACUUUUUUGCAAGCACAGAAUGGUUGGACAUGCUAUUUGCCAUAUGGAUACUCUGAUCAACAAAAAUCAACCUCAGCAGCGACUCCUCAUUUCUGUCCCAGAACAAAACAGUGCCCUCAUUUGGCUGGCAUGGCUUCACAUUGACAACAGUCAGCCAGAUGUUGCCUUGGGUAUCCUGGAUUUGAUCCUAGCUUCCAUGCCAGAACACUGCACUACCCCUCAGGAAGGCGUCAUCCACAAUAUGCGUGGUGUGGCACUUCGACGCAUGGGUGACCUCCGGAGGGCAGCAGAGAGCUACCAGGCUGCUGUUGACAUCUGUCAAGAGUACGAGGACAUGCCAAAUUGGGCUGUAGCUCAGGCCAACCAAGGGCUGUUAUGUCUGAAGGCUGGAGCUAAAGGGUUAGCACAGAGACACUUGACUGAGGCUGUGCAGCUUUUCUCUGAGAUGGAUGAAGAAGGUCAUAAAGCUAACUUCAUCACAGUGCUGCUAGAGCUGGGACACCACUAUAUUAAGCAGAACCAGCUGGACUAUGGGAAAGGUUGCUAUGAAUGGGCUUUGCUACUGGCUAUGAAUGCCAAUUUGUUAGACUGCCAGCUUACUGCAACCAGACACCUGUGCCAUCUGUAUGGGUGUGAGAGUCAAGACCAAGCCCGGUGUAUCAUCUACAGCCAGCACCAGGUCCUGCUACUUAAAUGCAUAGGAGACAGAGGACAGGAAGGAGAGGCACUAGAAGCCCUCAGCCAGCUCUACCUCAGUCUAGGCACAGAGAGGGCAUACCGGGCAGCUCUCGACUACACCAAGAGCAGUUUGGGUAUUUUCAUCGACCUGGGCUGUAGACAGAAGGAGGCAUAUGGCUGGCUGCAGGCUGGGAAGAUCUACCACCUGCUCAACCAGACUGAACUGGUGGACCUUUAUGUUCAGGUAGCUCAGGAUGUCGCUCUGAGUACAGGAGACACCAACUUCAUCCUGAAUCUUUUAGAAGCUGCAGGAGACAUUUUCUUUAACAGCUGUCAGGAACGAGACAAGGCUAUCAUCUUCUACAGGGACCGUGCUCUGCCUAUUGCAGGGAAGAGCAACAGCAUUCGUUCCAGGCUGAGGUUGUGUAAUAAGUUGACUGAACUAAUGCUUAGUCUCAAGUUGUAUGGGGAAGCUGUGGAGUUUGCUCAGACUGCACUGGACAUCAGCAUCACCCUUGGUGAGCAUCUGAAUAAGCGAGUGGCUUACCACCGUCUGGCUUCUUUGUACCGCUGUCUGGACCAAUAUGAACUUGCUGAACACUAUUACUUGAAGACUCUGACACUGUGUCCAACACCUCUUCUGUUUGAUGAGGAAACAAUGUACUAUGUAAGGGUGUACCAGACACUGGGGGACAUCAUAUUCUAUGACCUGAAGGACCCAUUUGACGCCGCAGGCUACUACCACCUGGCUCUAGCUGCAGCCAUGGAUCUGGGCAACAAGAAGUCUCAGCUGCAGCUGUGCACCCGCCUCGCCACCAUCUACCACAACUUCCUAACAGACCGGGAACUCUCUCUCUUCUUUUACCAGAAGGCAAGAGGAUUUGCCGCUGAGCUGAACAUGAGGAGGAUUAAUAUCUCACUGAAUCAACAUUAAAGCAGUGCCUCCCAGUCCAAGAACACUGACCAAUAGGAAAAACAUUUUUGGAAGAAACUAAAGUUUUGCUAAGUAUACCAAAAAGGACAUGUUCAUGAGAAGUCUUAAAUUAAAAUUACAGCACAGAUUUAACUAUUCAAAUGGAAGAGUCUAUUUUUAACCUUACCUUAAUGUGUGCACAAGUGUCAAAGAUUCAGCUUUACUGUUCGCUGAGGUCUCUAUUAAUCUACAUGAAAUGAGUAAAUAAGAUAUAUAUACUGUAUAUAGUUUUUAGAGUUCACCAUAGGUUCUUCUACUUGCUUGAAAGAGGAGGCUGAGUGCAUGGGUAUUCAGUUGGAUGCAACGCUAUGUGAGGCAGUCAAUCCUACACUCUGGACCUGUAAUGUCCCUUAUGAUUUCUUCUUUUCAGUUUCUCUUUUUAAAAUGUUUGAAAAUAUGAAAAUAGUCCCUGUAUCCCAGUAUAUAAGUAAAAACAGACAAAAACCUUGUAUACCCAUGCUGCUUCCUGUGAACGUGAUUUCCAUUUAAUCUGUUUUACAGUUCACUGGUACUUCACUGGUGUUAACUUAAGUCUCUUAAUACUUCAGAGAUUAUAUUCAUAGAUUCUUUAGGAAUAAUCAUAUUGUAUUUGGUUCCUGUGCUGUACCAUGAGAUAAUGUCCAUGAAUAUCAUCCGUGAUACCCGGAUAAUUGGAGAUAGAUAGAUAGAUAGAUAGAUAGAUAGAUAGAUAGAUAGAUACUUUAUAUAUUAGGCAUAUUGGUUGGGUUCAGAAGCUCCUCAACAUGCUCUUUCGACAAUAUCCCCUCUUCGGGUCAUUAGUUCUCCACCUUGCCUGAACACAGUCUGAGCCAAGCCCAGCAAACAGAGAAUCAAUUUCAAAUUCAAAUUAAAUUUGAGUUCAACUGUGGGACCAGUUUGCCUUUGACCCGACCAGACAACACAGCAAGAACAUGGCAAAAAAGUGGAAAGGGACAAUUCUUCAGAGUUUGGGAUGUGGGUUUUCAACUCUUAAACAGAAGCAAAGAAGUAUUUAUAUAUAUAUAUUUGACUGAAUGUUGAAACAGGAAGUAGUUCUGCAAAAUCAUUGUCAUCAGUUUGAUGUUUUGACAUUAAACAAUUUAACAUUCAGGAUUAAUUAGUACAAGUUUUAUCAAGAGCACCAUUCACAAACCUUUGUUAUCAAAAUAAAGUAGUUAAUAAGAUUGAAGGGGGGUCCUGCUUUGCAAUUUACCAGAGAAAAAAUAUUUAGACAUUAGAUGAACUGAACAUUGUCUAAAACUGAAUUAAGACUGAUAGAUUCCAUUUGAAAGCAAAAGGUCACAGGAGUGUGUAACUUUGGUCCAACAAUACAAAUUUCUGAAUCUCUAGAAAAUGAAUUACAUCUAUUCUUUGUUUAAAUAAAUACAACUUUAGCCCCCAGUGCAUUACAGUAUUCACAUACCAGGCACACAAAGGAUAGGAAACAGCGUAUUGUAUACUUGUGGAAUCCUGUCGUGUACAUAUGAAGUGACAUGGUUUUGACAUAGACAUGAAAAUAAAAAGUAAGCAGU